CACACACACACACACACACUGUCUCUCUCUCUCAAAAAUAAAUAAAAACAAAACUUUUUUUUCUUUUUUUAGAGAACUUCUCCAAAGACACAGGACAUAAGAUGUAAAUCCAGUGCUAUUUGAUAGUAAAUCCUAGCUUCCACAGGGACUUUGACUAGUUUAAUUGCUUUUUACUAGGUUUGUUUGAUAAAAACAACUGCUCUAAUACAAAGAAUUUUAUCUAGUCCCAUUGUGGUAAAAGUUAUCCUUUGUUGGUUGCGAGUUCCUCACGUACAUAAACAUUCUGGGCCUCAUGUUUAAUAGCUAAUUAAGCAACACAGUUAUCACGUGGCUGUCAUUAAUAUUGUAUGAUUAGUAUGUGCCAGGCAGUAUUCUGAUAGUGCGUUUUCUGUGUAUUAACAAAUUUAAUCCUCACAGCAGUUCUAUCAUGAGUUAGCUUUAUCUUCCUAUCCCAUUUUCUAUAAAAGGAAGAAGUUAUUAAGUGGUUAUAACCAAAGAUUUUCAAAUUUCUAACCAAGCAGAGAGAUUUGAAAGACAGUAACUAUGACAAGACUAGAGCUAGUUUUGUGUGUAGCUCUGUAUUUCUGAAGUAGAUAGGUAUAGUGAGUCUGGGCUUACAAAUUAUAUGUUUACAAAUAACAGGCCCUAGAAAAACCCAAAGUACACGUGAAUCUAUCAGGUUCAACUAGUAGAUUCAGGAAAAUUGUAAAGCUCAGUGAAUUAUAUGUGAAACAUUAUUUUUAAGUGGACUGUCUGGUAAUGGCAAAGAACGUGUUUGUAAAGAGCUUAGCUGACUGGAUUAGAAUAAAGAAAUUGUCUCUCUCCAUCUGUUCUAAUUAGCUUAUCUCUUCUGCUUUCAUAGCGUGCUGCUUCUUUCAGAAAAGAAGUGAGAGGUAUUUUGAAAGGACACCAUUUUUAUUUAAGCUAAUUUACAAUGGUUUUGGAAUGGUUGUCAGUUUUCAAAGAUAAACUUUGAAAUGUUAGACCUUUUCUAUAAUAAUUCGUUACUGGAAGUUUCAAGGCUUUUUUGGGUGCUCAAGGAUUUUGGCCUCUCCUUAUUCCUUUGAUUUUGGCCCAAAUGAUUAUGUUUCCUCAUUUUGGGAAGAUUUCUCUGGGUAUUUUGAUAUUUGUCGUGAUAGAAGGAAACCUUCCAUCAUUAACAGCACAAACCUACAUAUCUUUAGAAGAUAUCCAAGAACCCAAGAGUGCAGUUUCUUUUGGCCUGACUGACAAGGAAUCCGGGGAGCCUUCUCAUUCUACUGAAAAGAAAUUACCUUUGGACCACAGAGAAGCUGAGAAACAGUGGUUGCUCAGAAGAAGGCGAUCUAUCCUGUUUCCUAAUGGUGUAAAAACCUGCCCAGAUGAAAGCAUUACAGAGGCUGUGGCAAAGCAUGUAAAGUACUUUAAAGUACGAGUGUGUCAGGAAGCUGUCUGGGAAGCCUUCCGGACAUUUUGGGAUCGACUUCCUGGACGUGAGGAAUAUCGUUACUGGAUGAAUUUGUGUGAGGAUGGAAACACAACUAUAUUUGAAAUGGGCACAAAUUUUAGUCAGUCUGUGGAACAUAGAAAUUUAAUUAUGAAGAAAAUGACAUAUACAAAGGAAACUGUAAGCAGUUCCUGCAGUCACCAGGGCUGUGGCCCUGAAUUGUCAUCUCCAGUUCCUGUUGGUGAUGCCCCAACAUCAGGAGGUGCUGUUGUCAGUGUUCCAUAUCCAGGGGUGACCACCUCUGAAGGUAUCUCAGAGAGCAGCAAGGAGAGGCCUGGGGAGAGUAUUAGUAAUGAAAUUGAGAAUGUCAUGGAAGAAACCACAAAACCAGCAACUGAGCAGAUUGCAGAGUUUAGUAUCCACCUUUUGGGAGAGCAAUAUAGGGAAGAACUACAGGAUCCCUCCAACUUUCAGCACCAGCACCUUGUAGAAGAGUUUAUUUCAGAGGUCGAAAAUGCAUUUACUGGGUUACCAGGCUAUAAGGACAUCCGUGUACUUGACUUUAGGUCCCCCAAGGAAAAUGGCAGUGGUUUAGAUGUUCACUAUGCAGUGACCUUCAAUGGUGAGGCCAUCGGCAAUACCACCUGGGACCUAAUUAGCCUUCAUUCCAACAAGGUGGAAAACCAUGGUCUUGUGGAACUGGAUGAUAAGCCCACUGCUGUUUAUGCAAUUAGUAACUUCAGAGAUUAUAUUGCUGAGACACUGCACCAGAAUUUUUUGUUGGGGAAUUCCUCUUUGAAUCCAGAUCCUGACUCCCUCCGGCUUAUCAAUGUGAGAGGGGUUUUACUUACUGAAACUGAAGACCUAGUUUGGAACACCCAAAGUUCAAGUCUUCAGGCAACCCUACCAUCCAUUUUGGAUAAUACCCUUCAAGCUGAAUGGCCCUCAGCAGAUGAAUCCACCACCAGCAGUAUUUCACCACUUGAUUUCAGCUCUGGUCCUCCCUCAACCAAUGGCAGGGAACUCUGGUCAGAAAGCCCUUUGGGUGAUUUAGUGUCUACACCCGAAUUAGCCUUUCCCGCGAAGGUGGGCCUCAGUUCUUCCCCAGAGGGUUUAGAGGUUAGCAGCUUGACUCUUCAUUCUGUCACCCCAGCAGUGCUUCAGACUGGCUUGCCUGUGGUUUCUAAGGAAGGAACUUCUGGAUCUCACAUAUUAGAAGAUGGAUUAAUCAAAGUUGAAGGGCCAGAAGAUAUUCUUUCUGUUCAUUCAUUGCCUUCAAGUCCAUUCACUCGUCCAGUGCCAAAGGAAACGAUAUCAUCUGUGGAAGACUCUGAAGUGUCUUUGACAUCCUCACCAUAUCUGGCCUCCUCUGUCACUUUGGAUCUUGCUAAAGAAACAAUGAUACCUUUUGGCUUGGACUCUUUGGCCUCCAAAGUCAAAGGCCAAUUAGAAGUGAGCACUUUGAUGCCAGACACAUCCAUAGAAAAAGAGUUUAUAUUUGAGAGUGGUUUAGGUUCAGGAUCUGGGCAAAAGGUGGAUCUGAUUACUUGGCCAUGGAGUGAGACUUCAUUAGAGAAGAGUUCUGAACCACUGUCUAAGUCAUGGCUUGAAGAUCAGGAAUCACUUAUGCCAACUGAAGGUAUAGAUGAGAAAUUAGGUAUAGAUGACAAAGAUUCCACAGGGCAAAGUACUGAGCAUUUAAAAUAUGGAUAUUAUGAUAGAUCCACACACUUUGCAGAGGAAGAGCUCAUUGGUGGACCUACUGUGCCCAUCUUUGCAGAGACCACAACUGAAUCUGCAUCUCUAAUUCUCUCCAAGCAAAUAUCAGAGGCACCUGACAUUGAUGAUUACUCAGUUACCAAAGCACCUCUUCUAUUGACAGCUAUAGCAAUCUCUGCUUCUACUGGUAAACCAGAGCUACCAUUUCUAAAGAAGGGUAUGGAACAAACUAUAGAGUCAUCCGACCGUGAAUGGUUUGACAGCAAGGUUUCAAUAAUGAAGCCAGAUAUGCAACCUUUGGGGACCAUAUUGCCAGAAUCAGAUGUAGUUUGGGCAAGAACUUCUUCCCUGGGGAAAUUGUCCAGAGACAUAUUGGCAACUACACUGCAGAGUACUGACAAGCUCUGGCUGAAAUCUUCCAUGACACAGUCUACCAAAUUGUCUCCAACCACAAGCUCCACCCUGCUAGAGGAUGAAGUAAUUAUGGGUGUACAGGAUAUUUCAUUAGAACUGGACCGGAUAGGCACAGAUUACUAUCAGCCUGAGGUAAUCCCUGAGGAAAAUGGCAAGGUUGGUAGUUAUGUGGAAAUGUCUACAAAUGUUCAGUCCACAGAGAGGGCUAUUGUGGUGCAACCCACAGAAGGAGGUGACUUGAGUCAUACCCAGACUGCAGGAGCUUUGGUGGUUUUCUUCAGCCUCCGAGUGACAAACAUGAUGUUUUCGGAAGACCUAUUUAAUAAAAACUCUUUGGAGUAUAGAGCACUGGAGCAAAGAUUUUUGGAACUGCUGGUUCCCUACCUCCAGUCAAAUCUCACAGGGUUCCAGAAUUUAGAAAUCCUGAACUUUAGAAAUGGCAGUAUUGUGGUGAACAGCCGAAUGAAGUUUGCCAAGUCUGUCCCUCCUAAUGUCAACAAUGCUGUAUACAUGAUUCUGGAAGACUUCUGUACCACGGCCUACCAGACCAUGAACUUGGCUAUUGAUAAAUACUCUCUCGAUGUGGAAUCAGGUGAUCAAGCCAACCCUUGCAAGUUUCAGGCAUGCAAUGAAUUUUCUGAGUGUUUAGUCAACCCCUGGAGUGGAGAAGCAGAGUGCAGAUGCCACCCUGGGUACCUGAGUGUGGAAGAACUGCCCUGUCAGAGUCUCUGUGACCUACAGCCUGACUUCUGCUUGAAUGAUGGAAAGUGUGACAUUAUGCCUGGACAUGGGGCCAUUUGUAGAUGCCGGGUGGGUGAGAACUGGUGGUACCGAGGUGAGCACUGUGAGGAGUUUGUGUCUGAGCCCCUGGUAAUAGGCAUCACCAUUGCCUCUGUGGUUGGACUUGUCCUCGUUUCGUCUGCUGUUGUCUUCUUCCUCAUCAGGACUCUUCAGACUCGUCAUGUUAGGAGAGAGAGAGAGAGGCUCAGCAGCAGGCAGCCUGACAGCCUCUCAUCAAUUGAAAAUGCUGUGAAGUUCCCUGCAUAUGAAAGCCAUGUGGCUGGACCCGAGCAGUAUGAGGGGCCCUAUCCUCACAACCCCUUCUACAGCUCUGCAAGUGGAGAGAUGAUUGGUGGUCUGAGCAGGGAAGAAAUCAGGCAAAUGUAUGAGAACAGUGAGCUUUCCAAAGAGGAAAUUCAAGAAAGAAUGAGAAUUUUGGAACUGUAUGCCAAUGAUCCUGAGUUUGUAGCUUUCGUGAGAGAACAUCAAAUGGAAGAGCUUUAAUCAAAACUUUUAUUAUGAAACUGAUCAGAAGCCUAGAGAAGAUGGAGAUCACUUGUUACCUAUGUCAUAUAAUUAACCUGGAUUUUGACCUCUGUUGGAAGAAGAGUGAAAAAAUUAAAAAUUAAAAAAUUAAAUUUGGGGACAAAAUUUUUUCUAGCUUAAAAUUUCAGAAUGUAGUAAGAGAUGUUACCAUUUUUAUACCUACAAAGACCAAAAGCUGUAUUUAAAGAAACUCAAAGCUGCAUGCGUUCUGGGAAGUAUUCUACAAGAAAAACUGGGGCCUAGGAGUUGGGACUGAAUUCAUUAUCUGUUCUGAAUCUUGAAAGUGUGUCUUAACUGUGGCUCAGGUUUUCCUGGAAGAAGGUAACAGGAGACCAUUACAGGAGAAGGCAGGCUUAGUAACAAUAUUUUGUAGCGUGUUUGUUAUUGUUAGGUGGAAGGAGAAGCCUUUGAAGUAGUUUUAAUAUAGUUUAUAGUCAGACAUUCAUCUACAUAAAAAAUAUUAAGUUUUUUUGGCAAUUACACUACUGAAGAAAAAGUAACCUUUUUGCUAUAGUAUAGAGUUAGGCUUGUACUUCAAUUUCCACCAGAAUUUUGAAUUUCCUGAGCAUAUGAAUCAAGACCACAUUAUUGUUAAGUAUGUCAAUAUCCUAUUUUUUUUAGUUGUCAAGGGCAUUACAUAUGUAUAAUUUUUAAAAAAUGUUUAUUUAUUUAUUUUGAGAAAGAGCAUGAGCUGGGGAGG